UCGUCCCCACUCGGUCUUCCUUUCCGCGGCGUUCUGGACCCCGCUUGAUUACACUUAGUGUAAACGAAUUUCUCCAGAUCAGGGCCUCCAUUUUCUGAGCGGAGCCCUAGUCACAGCGUCCGAAUUUUUCUCUUCCCACCCCAUCCCGUCGCGACUUAGAUCUUUGGCGACUGGAGUCGGGAAUCUCCCCGCCACCACCCUCAAGGAGUUUUGCGGAGGGAAUGUGUCGGGCUGUCCCCUCCCCAGUACAAGGGAAUGAGAAGACUGACUUUGGCUUUUAAAUUUUUUUGUCUCCCUUGUCCCUCGGCUCACCUACCAGAUUUGGAAUGGUAUGAGAAGUCAGAGGAAACCCACGCCCCCCAGAUAGAACUACUCGAGACUACGUCUACUCAAGAACCUCCCAACCCUUCGGAGCCCUUUUGUCCCAGAGACUGCAUGGUGCCAGUGGUGUUUCCCGGGCCUGUGAGCCAGGAAGGCUGCUGUCGGUUUACUUGUGAACUUCUAAAGCAUAUCAUGUACCAGCGCCAACAACUGCCUCUGCCCUAUGAACAGCUUAAGCACUUCUACCGAAAACCUUCUCCCCAGGCCGAGGAUGCGAUGAAGAAGAAAGCUUGGGCCGCCGCUGAAGUGAGCAGCAGGAAAUGCCAACAAGCCCUGGCAGAACUGGAGAGUGUCCUCAGCCACCUAGAGGGUCUCUUUGCCCGGACAUUAGUACCCCGUGUGCUUAUCCUCCUUGGUGGCAAUGCCUUAAAUCCCAAGGAGUUCUACGAGCUUGACUUGUCCCGCUUGGCCCCCAACAGCAUGGACCAGAGCCUGAGCACUGCGGCUUGUUUGCGGCGUCUCUUCCGAGCCAUUUUCAUGGCUGAUGCCUUCAGUGAGCUACAGGCUCCUCCACUCAUGGGCACCAUUGUCAUGGCACAGGGGCACCGGGACUGUGGAGAAGAUUGGUUUCGACCCAAGCUCAACUACCGAGUGCCCACCCGGGGCCACAAACUGACUGUGACCCUGUCCUGUGGCAGACCCUCUAUCCCAGCCACAGCCUGGGAGGAUUACAUUUGGUUCCAGGCACCAGUGACACUUAAAGGCUUCCAUGAGUGAAUGGGGCUGCUUCUUCAUCGUGAACACAAUGGCUUUAAUUAUCUUUCCCCCUAUGGUGCCAAGUCACCCAUCUCUUGCUUGGAGCUAGAAUUGCUUCCUGGUGAGAGGAAUGUUCUGUCCUUCCAGCUGCCUGCCUCCCCUCCUCAGACUUCCUGGUGGGCUGAUUGUAUGGCUGUGGCUGUCAUAAUUAUCACUGAACAACAUCUCUUUGAAUCAAAGGUUGAUUUUCCCAGAAGGUGCUGGGUCAGGCAUUUCUGUUCUGGUUGGAAGGCAAAUAUGGGGUCAUAGACGGACACUUUUAUGGAAGUGGCCCUUUAAUGCUUUUUGCUGUGGCAAUUCAGAAUUUUUGCUAGGGACAUAAUGAACUUAAAUAUAAAAAUGAAUGGAUUUGCAUUAAAUUAUCCUGUAACUCUCGGC